UUUACCCCAACUGUCCAGCUUUAUGAGGCAAUUAUUGGUUCUCAGCGACUGAUACCCUUUUGCGCAUGCGAGGCUUCAAUCUUCGAACCCUGCGGUGGGCUGCUGCCGCCCGCCCAUCGUUGCCGCCCCCGAAUCGAGCUGUUUUGUCGAGACGCUCUCCGGCACCACUACUACUAUUAAAUCCAUCACUACGCCGCUGCUUCUCAGCCUCUCGCCCGGAUUUCUCACUCUUUGAUGCCGACUCCACAAUUUAUGCCCUCUCCACCGCUCCCGGGCGAGCCGCUAUCGCCGUCGUGCGAGUAUCUGGUCCAGCAUGCGUGCAGAUUUACAAUGCUCUCUCCCCCUUUGCGCCCCUUCCCCGUGCCCGUCACGCCGCCGUCCGCACGCUCUACGACCCUCUCCACCCUCCAUCCUCGAACACCAUCCUCGACGCCGCAGCGUUGGUGCUAUACUUCCCCGGCCCCCGAACCGUGACAGGGGAAGACGUGCUCGAACUUCACUUGCACGGGGGUUCGGCGAUCGUUAAAUCCGUAUUGACCGCGAUCGCGAACAUCAACCGGCCAUCCUCGUCACCGUCCUCAAUGUCUACAACAACCACAACAACAAACCCGAAGGAUCCCCAAGUCCCCCUGGGACCCCCCUCCAGAAGAGGAGGAGGGGGAGGAACGAUCCGCUACGCCGAGGCAGGCGAAUUCACGCGCCGGGCCUUCCUCAACAACCGGCUGGACCUCCCCCAGAUCGAAGCGCUGGGGGAUAUCCUGCACGCGGAGACGGAGCAGCAGCGACGGAUCGCCGUGCGUGCGGCGAGCAGCAGCGGCAGUGGUGAGCAAGGCGGCGCGCUGUCGCAACGCUACGAGCAGUGGCGGCAUCAGCUGCUGUACGCGCGCGGCGAGCUGGAGGCGCUGAUCGACUUCGCCGAGGACCAGCAUUUCGACGAAUCGCCGCGCGAGCUGGUUGGGUCCGUGGGCCGGCAGGUGCGCGCCCUCCAGGCGCAGAUCCAGCUGCAUAUCGGCAAUGCCGCCAAGGGCGAGUUGCUGCGGAGCGGGAUCCGCGUGGCGUUGCUGGGGGCCCCCAAUGCGGGCAAGAGCUCGUUGCUGAACCGGGUGGUGGGCCGCGAGGCCGCCAUCGUCAGUACCGAGGAAGGGACUACGAGGGAUAUCGUCGAUGUUGGGGUGGAUGUUGGGGGUUGGUUCGUGCGGCUGGGUGAUAUGGCGGGGAUCCGGUCGGAGGAUGUUUUGGAGGACGAUGAUGAUGGGAGGAGCUCCGCGGCGGCUCGGAAUGUGGUGAUCGGGGCGGUUGAGAAAGAGGGCAUCCGGAGGGCUAAGGCUAGGGCGUUGGAGUCGGAUGUUGUCGUUGUGGUCGUCUCGUUGGAGAAGGAGGAGAAGGAGGAGGAGGAGGAGGAGGAGGAGGAGGAGGAGGGGAGUGCGAGUGCUUCUUCGCGGUUGGCAGUUGAACCAGAAGUCGUUGAUGCGGCUAAUGAGUGCGCGCGCGCCGGCCGCUGCGUCGUCGUUGCGAUCAACAAGUGUGACCGGUUGCCCGGCCUGGAUCGCCUCCCGGAUCAGCUGCUUGCCACCGUCCGUACUCUGUUCCCUGCUGUGCCCGACCGGCGCGUGUUCGGGAUCUCCUGCAUGGAUGCCCGCCGGGAGACGGGCUCCGUCUCUGGCCCGGUGGCGGAGCACGAUCCGGGCCAUAUCCAGCGCUUUCUACAGGGGUUGAUCGCUACGUUUGAGGAACUGGCUUCCCCGACGGGGAUCGAGGAGGAUGCCAACGGCCAGUACGACCGGUCCUACUGGGAGGAUUCUCUGGGCGUCACCCACCGACAGAGCUCGAACCUACAACGCUGCCUGGAGGAUCUAGACGCGUUCAUGAACCAGACUCAACCAUCAAACCAUCACCAUCUUACACACGAGUCCGAGGAAGAAGUCGACAUCGUCACCGCGGCCGAGCACCUCCGUUCCGCGGCCGAUGCCCUGGCCAAGAUCACGGGUAAAGAUGAGAGUGGCGACGUGGAGGAUGUCCUGGGGGUGGUGUUCGAAAAAUUCUGCGUUGGGAAAUAAACACGACUGCUGCUAGCCCUGAGAAAUUCUUUUUUUUUCUAUCUUCUGGCACUGCCAACCGCAGCCUAGACUUCUCCCUUCCAUUCGGUGAUGCUGUUCCGCAGCCGGGAACCUCGCGAGCAUUCUACUGGUUG